GCGAGAGGGAAGAUUUCCAGUGAAUAAGCGAAGGUUUCUUUAGGAUUUUCAGAAUCUUUGCCUCGUCAUGACUCGAUCUCUCUCGAGCGCCAAGCUUCUCUCGGCUCUCGCCGCGGACGCAAUGUCCAGCGCCUUUGCCAGGCGUGGGUAUUCGGCAGCGACACAAGGCGCGACGGCCCAAAUGGCAAAGGCCGGUGGCGCCACGAGAAGCGGCGCUGCGGCCGAGGAGAAAACAGGGGAGGAGGAGAAGAUGGUGAGUUCAGAUGGGCAGGUCUCCUGGGCACCCGACCCGAGGACCGGGUGUUACAGACCCGACAACUGCAUCGAGGAGAUCGACGUGGCUGAGCUGCGAGCAAAGCACUUAUGGCAGAAGGAAUGAUUUUAACGAGUGGAGUUUGGCUGAUAUGCGCGAAUGAGGCUCUGUUAUCGUUUGGUUCGCACGAAGAACGAGUCCCAUUCGCCAGUUGUUUGCCCCAAAUUUUUGGUCGAUCCUUUCUAUGGUAAUA